CGUCCAAUAGGCUCUUUGUGUAGGCGGGGCCUACAGGUACCGCCGCGGCCUCUGGGCCUCAGCCCCUGUCAUUCCCAAGCGGAUCGUUUGUUGUCAAAAUGGACUUUUUACUUGGAAAUCCUUACAGCACUCCUGUUGGCCAAUGCAUAGAGCGAGCCACCGAUGGCGGUCUGCAGAGUGAGGACUGGAGCCUCAACAUGGAGAUCUGUGACAUCAUCAAUGAAACGGACGAAGGGCCAAAAGACGCCAUGCGGGCACUGAAGAAGAGACUGUGCGGCAACAGGAAUUACAGAGAGGUCAUGCUGGCGCUAACGGUGCUGGAGGCCUGUGUGAAGAACUGCGGCCACAGGUUUCACGUUCAGGUGGCCAGCAAAGACUUCAUUGAUGGCGUUCUGGUUAAAAUCAUCUCCCCAAAGACUAAUCCACCAGCAAUCGUGCAAGACAAAGUCCUGUCUCUCAUACAAUCCUGGGCGGAUGCGUUCAGGAGCAGUCCUGAUCUGACCGGUGUGGUCCACAUUUAUGAGGAGCUGAAGAGAAAAGGCAUCGAGUUCCCCAUGGCAGACCUGGAUGCUUUGUCUCCCAUUCACACGCCUCGGAGAGGUACACCGGAAGUGGAUCCAGCCAUGUUAAAGUACCUGGCUCCCGUUUCUCCUGCUGCUGGGAUGCCUAAAACCGGCCCUGCUGCUCCAGCCUCCACAAACGUCCCCAACCCCAUCACAGCAACACCUGAACAGAUUGCCCGUCUGCGGAGUGAGCUGGACAUCGUGAGAGGAAAUAUCAAAGUCAUGUCAGAGAUGCUAACGGAGAUGGUCCCCGGUCAGGAGGAUGUCUCGGACCUGGAGCUGCUCCAGGAGCUGAACCGAACGUGCCGGGCCAUGCAGCAGAGGGUGGUCGAGCUGAUUUCUCGCGUUUCCAACGAGGAGGUGACGGAGGAACUGCUGCACGCCAACGACGACCUCAACAAUGUCUUCCUUCGAUACGAGAGGUAUGAGAGGUACAGGUCUGGAAGGGCUGCGAAGAACGGCGGGCUGUUAUCCGACGCCACAGAGGACAACCUGAUCGAUCUGGGACCAGGAUCUCCUGCUGUGGUCACACCCAGGAUCACAUCCAGCCUUCCGCCCAGCUCCACAGCCGGGCCCACGGCCUCCCCGGCUUGUAAUCCUCCCACUGCUGCUCUGUCCACUGCUCUGGCGAGUGUGGAGGUAAGUUCAGACAGGGUGAGCGGCACUCUGUCCUCCCUGUCGACCCAGAAGGAUGACUUCGACAUGUUCGCUCAGACCAGGAGCAGCUCACUGGCUGAACAGCGGAAAAGUGUAAAAUAUGAAGACCCCCACGCUCUGGGCGGCCUAGCCUCUGCGUUGGAUGUCAGACAGCAGAAUGCCAGUGGGCUGAGGGUAGAGGGGGAUGAUAACCCAGCAGAUCAGGAGCUGCCCAUAGACAGCUGGCUUAUUACCCAAGGAAUGAUUCCCGUAUCGCAGUCCUCUGUCAUGGAUGACAUAGAGGAGUGGCUCUGUGCUGAUGUGAAGGGAGAGGCCUCUGAGGAGGGCGUGACCAGUGAAGAGUUUGAUAAGUUCCUGGAGGAGCGAGCUAAGGCCGUGGACACUCUCCCGUCUCCUCCCGGAGCUAACCCUCCUCACCCUGCUCGUGCUCCUGGCGGCUCCCAUAAGAAGGCCGAACGGACGGAGGAUGCCCUCUUUGCCUUGUAGAGACCGUCCACAGAGGACACCUGGACAUCUUCGGGUCUCGUAAACAACCCCCUUCCUCAAAAGCCCUUCUUAAUCCUUUUUCAUCGCCGACAGGAAGUGGCGUAGCAAGCUAUCACCAUCUCCUUGUUCUUUUCUUGCCGAUGUGGCACAAACCCACAGAGGUCAAAUAUGUUCACUGCACUCUCGGUCGCGUUGCAUUUUACUCUGAGUGGAUGUAUUAAUCUGGAUGUGGGAUGUAUAACUCGCAGCUCAUUUGUAACACAAAUGAAGAUGACGUAAGUCGCGGUUUAAGAAUGUGGUAUAUUACUGCAAAAUGAAACUGCAGGUCCAUGCAUUAGAUAUGUAUGGAAGCACAUCAUUCGAUUGUGUUAUUUUUACUACAUUCAUCUUAACUGCUUAUUUAUGCCUUUCCUGUUCUAAUCUGUACUAUGUACUAGCGCUGAGGCCAUGGCUGAUACAUAACUUAUUACCCAGUUUGCCAAAAUCACUAUAAAGAGUUUUAUUUUGUUAACCAGUGCUGUUCUUUUGAGGAAAUAAGCAUCAACAGUGAUCCUCUAAUCAAAGGGAAGCAUAAAACCGCAACAACAAACUCCGUAUUGUGCUAAGACAUCUUUUUUCAACCACAGAAGAAGUGACAUGCCUGUAGAAUAUUCCAUAAAGCAACAAAAAUGACCUGAGAGCAGGACGCUCUCUAACAACUACAAGCACUUUUAGCCAUUCCAAAAAAUACUAAGGCUUUAAUGACCAGGUAGUAUUUUAUGUUAACUGUCGUAUUUGUUUUUUCUGGGCAUUUUGAAGGAAUGCCAGAUCUGUAUUUUUUUUCCUUUGUUUACAAGUUUGCUAUUUUUGAAAGGGAAGAGAAACCUUCAUAAGGAAGAAUUCACUUUGUACAGAAAUGUUCUUUCUGAGUAACAGCAUUACUUGUUUGAGAUGAACUUGGGUUGAUUGUCAAGCUUAUAAUUGCAAUUAUUUUCAAGAAUAUCCGAUUUAUCAGCAAAAAAUAGGACUUUAACAAUUAAUAUGAUUUCAAAUAUAAUUAAAACCGCAUAAGAUAAUGGGUCAGAUUUUUUUUAAGUUGGGCUGUUUUAAAACAUUAUUAGCGAUUUAUGUCUUACCUGUUGUAAAUCGAGUUUUGAACAACUUGGAUUUGGAAAACCAAAGAUGAGUUCGGAUCAGACGAGCUAACGGCUAGUUGCAAAAUGGAUUACAGCAAUCCUUAAGGACUCCAAUCGUAAGACGUUCACAACUUUGAUACAAAUGCUAAAACUUAGCUAACUACAGUGCUACAGCUAGCUAGCUCAGUCGCUAAUUUUUCACCCCCAAAUAACAGUGUAAUGUAAAAUCAAUUCCAAUGGUUCCUAAAGCUUUUAGAUUUAUGAUCCACAAAAUUACAAUGAAAAGGUUUGCAAGUUUGCACGCAUUGGUAUAGUAAAAACAUAAACAGAUCCCAUUCAUAUUUGAAUUUUUGUUUUUAUUUUUCACAUGCAUAAUAGUGAAAAUAAUAAAUUAGGAAUUGAUUUUUUUUUACAGAAAAUUUCAAGGAAUUAAGUUUUGUGGCCCACAGUUGGAUUCCAACUCCAAAUUUGGUCUCAAAUUAUUCUGACUAGCCAUUUGCCUAUCAUUUCAAUCAGAAGUAAUCUCCAUUUCUCCAAACCGGGGCUGAUCAAAGACAACAGAUACAAUAUUAAAUGUUCACACACUUCAAAAGAUCAAACUAUCCCUCUAAAGGACUAAACAUACACAUUAUAGUGAUCCACGGUUAUAGAGUGGUUUAGUAGAUCCACUCCCACUUUCCUUUAAAAAGCAGCUGAAAACUCACUUGUUUAAAGUGGCUUUUGUAUGACCUUCUUCACCCUCUCUCUUUAUUCUGCUCUCCCCACCUAUUCCACCUUCCUCAGGAUCCACUGAUUUCCCUCUUUCCUAUUCACUCUCUCAUUCUUAACAUUUUUUUAAUCACAAUUGUCUAUUUUUUUGCUCAUUAAAAUAUAUUUUUAAACAUUUUCUAAAUUCUUUUUUUUAUAUUUUUUACAUUUUUUGUUUUUGUGAAGCGCCUCGUGAUUUUUAUCUUGAGAGGCGCUAUAGAAAUUAUAUUUUCCUCCUCCUCUUCUUCUCUUCUGCAUUAUACCUCUAACUUAACCCUCCCACUGUCCUCAGAGGUGACCCCACCAGGAAAGUUGACCAUUGAGCAGGGUUGAUGGUUUAUUCCUUGAGGUCCACGUGGAAGGGGUGAGGAGUGAGCACCACCUCACAAUUUGUCUUUAGUGUCCACCAAAUCACACGUAGAACCCAAAAACAUUUCUGUUCAUUUUAAUAGUGGAUCCGACCUAAAUGUCCAUAAGCAUUUAUGAAACCUGAAUUGAAAAUGUGGACCAGUUGUCAGUAUGGACCUUCCAUUAGAGGGAAAUAUAGAUGCAAAAUGUCAUCAAAUGAAUGUGUGUUUAUGUAAUCGUAAUAAAUAUGUAUUUUAGUUCAGGAAAUGUGUUAUUAUUGAGCUUUACCUUAACGCUAACGUUAUAUACGGUUACAUAAUGUUUAAUAUGGUUGUUAAUAUGCCCGUUUUAUGAUUUUAAAGCUCUUAUAAGUCAUAAAGCACAAUUACAGAUACUAAAUUGAGAUAAUUUAACAUCUGGCUGUAUUUCCUGUCUCUCCUACGAGUCUGUGACCGUGUUGUUUUGCUAUUACUUAACAAAGGUUUUGGUUUUCUGAAAGUACUGAAUGGCAGGGUGUUCAGACAAGGUUUGGACAUGGAAAACUUGAAGCCUGAUUCCUGUUCUUGGAAAAUGUCAUGUCUGUCUGCUGCCUGCCAUCACUGAUGUAUGGUCAGAUCUGUGUUUGACCUCAUGCACGUGUGUAAAGGCCCAAUAAAACACUAGCAUUGUGUGACCUCUA